CUUUUUUUGCGUGAAGGUGACCCUCUCAGAGAUGGCUUUCUUACGGAUGUGUGCAAAGUGGAGAACCUGGACGCAGCCGUCGCUCGUUUUUCAUCUCUUUUGCUUUUUCACUCUGAGCAAAAGCAUGCUUUUGACUAAUGGUGCUGACAGGGUUGAAUCUCACCAAGAAGCGUCGACUCUGCUGCGAUCUCUCAAUUUACCUCAACAUACAGAAUAUGAGAUUGUUUCUCCCUACGAGGUCAACCACCUAGGUGAUUACGUCUCCCACGAAGUUGCCCACCACCAGCGCAGAAGGCGGCGCAGAUCCCUGACCCCAGAUGCAGGCUCAUCAAACACUGACGACAGCAGUGAAAAGGUCCUCUUCCGGCUAAGUGGCUUGGGGCAGGACUUCCACAUGGAGCUGAGGGAGGCCUCGGCGAGCCUGAUUGCACCUGGCUUUGCUAUCCAGGUCCUGGGAAAGAACGGCACCAAGAGCCUGAGGGCCUACCACCAGGACGACCUCUGCUUUUACCAGGGGUCGCUGAGGUCAAGGGUCAACUCCUCAGUGGCACUGUCCACAUGCACGGGGAUGUCAGGUUUGAUCAGAACACAGGAUGCGGACUACUUCCUGAGACCUGUGUCCCGCAGCCUCGCCCAGAGAGAGAACUUUACAGCACCCACCAGUCACCAGCCACACAUCCUCUACAAGAGCGAGAGGGUCUCUCAGACAGAGCAGAGAGGUCAUGACCCUCGGGUGCUUCAGAAGAGAUCCCCAGACUCAACUCAUCACAAAUCACACUUUGUCACCAAGAGAUCCACAAACUCACAGACAGACCCCACCUACAGCGCAGUUAAUGAAGAUCAAAGUGACAUCAGUCACGGUGACCAGAUGGAGCAUCAUGACAGUGGCCAUCACCGCAACAGCCAUCGCCAUGACAAUGACCAAAGACAUGGGGAAAAGCAGAGGCAACACUUCUGCGGGAGACGGAAGAAAUACAUGCCCAAACCUCCAGAAGAGGAUGUCUUCAGCCUUCCAGAUGAGUACAAGUUCAUCCCGAGGAACAAAAGAGCAGUGCUAAUGAAGAACCAGGGUAAUCAGAAGCUCAACGUGGAGACGCUGGUGGUGGUGGACAGAAGGAUGAUGGACAACCACGGCCACGAGAACAUUACAACAUAUGUUCUUACCGUGCUUAAUAUGGUUUCCAGUCUCUUCAAAGACGGUACGAUAGGGGGGAACAUCAACAUUGUAAUUGUUGGCCUUGUGCUUCUGGAUGAAGAGCAGGACGGCUUGGUGAUCAACCACCAUGCAGACCACACACUGAACAGCUUCUGCCACUGGCAGUCCACCCUGGGAGGCAGGGAGGGCCGACAUCACGACCACGCCAUCCUCCUCACAGGACUCGACAUCUGCUCUUGGAAGAAUGAACCUUGUGACACUCUUGGUUUUGCUCCAAUUAGUGGGAUGUGCAGCAAGUACCGGAGCUGUACCAUUAAUGAAGACACAGGCCUGGGUCUGGCAUUCACCAUCGCCCAUGAAUCCGGACACAAUUUUGGAAUGGUCCAUGAUGGUGAAGGCAACGUUUGUAAGAAGUCAGAAGGCAACAUCAUGUCUCCAACAUUAGCCGGGCACAAUGGCAUCUUCUCCUGGUCUGCAUGCAGCCGCCAGUACCUCAGCCGCUUCCUCAAUUCGGCCCAGGCCGUGUGCUUAUCAGAUGAACCCAGAGCAGUGAAGGAGUAUCGAUACCCUGAGAAGCUGCCUGGCGAGCUGUAUGAUGCAGACACACAGUGUAAAUGGCAAUUUGGGGAGAAGGCCAAACUCUGCACGCUCGACUUUAAGAAGGAUAUCUGCAAGGCUCUGUGGUGCCACCGUGUUGGGAGAAAGUGUGAGACCAAGUUCAUGCCAGCUGCUGAAGGCUCUGCCUGCGGCCCCGAUAUGUGGUGUCGUAGGGGCCAGUGUGUGAAACAGGGUGACGAGGGUCCGAGGCCUCAGCACGGCCAGUGGUCAGAGUGGUCGUCCUGGUCAGCCUGCUCGCGAAGCUGCGAGAGCGGAGUCACCUAUCGAGAGAGGCAGUGCAACAACCCCAGACCUGCAUACGGAGGGAAGUUCUGCGAGGGCUCCUCCAGGUCGUACAAACUUUGCAACACUGAGGAUUGUGCCCCGAACACCACCGACUACAGAGCGCAGCAGUGCGCCGAGUUCAACGGCAAACAGUUCAGAGGAUGGUACUACAACUGGAGACCGUACACUAGAGUGGAUGAUCAAGAUGUAUGUAAGCUGUACUGCUUUGCUGAAGGCUAUGAUUUCUUCUUUGCCUUGGCCAGCAAAGUUAAGGAUGGGACACUCUGCUCGCAGGACAGCUCUAAUGUCUGUAUCGAUGGACUGUGUGAGAGAGUUGGCUGUGACCGUGUUUUGGGCUCCACAGCUGUGCCUGAUGCUUGCGGGGUGUGUCAAGGAGACAACUCCACCUGCAAGAUCUUCAAAGGACAGUACACCAAGCAGCAUUACACUAACCAGUACUAUGGCGUGGUAACCAUCCCAGCAGGGGCUCGGAGUAUCCAUGUGAUGGAACUGAAUACGUCCAGCUCCUACCUGGCUGUCAGGGACACCCAGAGACGCUACUCCCUGAACGGGCACUGGACGGUGGACUGGCCAGGCAGACAUCCCAUCGCUGGAGCCAUUUUUGAGUACAAGAGACCCUACAACAGACCAGAGAGCCUCAUAUCAAUUGGCCCCACGAAUGAGACACUGGUCAUAGAGAUAUUGUUGCAGGGCUGGAAUCCAGGUGUACGUUGGGAAUACACUCUAAAAAAAGCUGAUGAGAAAAGGCAGCACAUCAAACACAAUUAUUCAUGGGCCAUCAUACGCUCCCAGUGCUCAGCAACUUGUGCUGGAGGCCAGAUGAACACCAAGUCAGCGUGCUACAAAGACUUGAGAGUGCAAGUGAAUACGUCCUACUGCAAUCCCAGAUCAAGACCAGCUACUGGACUGAUGCCCUGCAACACCCAACCAUGUCCCUCCAGCUGGUCUGUAGGAGAGUGGGGGGUGUGCAGUCGGAGCUGCGGAGGAGGGGAGCAGACGCGGCAGGUCCAGUGUGUCCAGAGAAGCAGCCAGACCAACGUAGAUGCCCUGGCCGACUCUCACUGUGCCCAGCCCGCCCCAGCCAGGAGGCAAGGCUGCAACACACACAGCUGUCCACCAGCUUGGACCGCCGGGCCAUGGUCACAGUGUUCACGUAAGUGUGGCAGCGGCUUGAAGAAGAGGACGGUGCUGUGCACGAGCACCAACCCAAGUGCCCGGACACGCACGAUAGCAGACAGUUUGUGCGCGGGCUUGUCGAAACCCGCCAGUCAAGAAACCUGUUUCCUCAAACGCUGCCAGAAACAACGCAAAGUCCAGUGGUUUGUCUCCACAUGGCAAGAGUGUUCAGUAACAUGUGGUCGUGGCUAUCAGGCACGCUUCAUCAAGUGUGCAGAGAAGGACACUGCAGGAAAAUAUAGAGAGCUUUCUGCCAAGAAGUGCCACCAUGUCCCCAAGCCCACAGUAGAGCUCCAGAGGCCCUGCAUCCUGGCAGAGUGCCCCGUCCGCACUACUCCACCAAUCCACCGAUGGAGCACGCAUCAUCGCACACAUCCACCUCAACCCCUCCCUCAACCUCCACCUCCAGCAGAAUGGCAAUCAUCUCCUUGGUCUCAGUGCACAGUGACAUGUGGAGGAGGAGUGCAGGCCAGGACGGUACAAUGUCUGGUCCAAGGGAAGCCCUCUCCUGGCUGUGCCCUCCAUCUGAAACCCUCAAUGUCCCAGGCCUGCAACACCAACUUCUGCCCACAACCUGAGAAGAAAGACGUUGUGUGUCGGGAUUACUUCAACUGGUGCUACCUGGUGCCCCAGCAUGGAGUCUGCAACCACAAGUUCUAUGGCAAACAGUGCUGUCAAUCCUGUUCAAAUUCAAACCUAUAA